CUUUAUUUUUUUCUAUAUAAACAUAUAACAAGGAUGUUAUCACAGAGAUUGAUUCGCCACACAAGCCGUUUUUCCAGACUUGCUUUGAAUACUGUACUUCGAUCCCAGUAUCAUUCUCUCCACGAAGAUAAUGCGUCUGUUUUACCCAACAAUGUGGAAACAGCCAGUGCUUCUUUCAAGGAAAAUGCCGAAAAAAUGCAAAAAUUAGUGGACGAUUUGAACUUGACAACUGAGAAAAUUAAGCUGGGUGGUGGAGAGGCAGCUCGUAAAAGACAUUUAUCCCGAAAGAAGAUGCUCCCCAGAGACAGAAUCAACCGUUUGUUAGAUCCAAACUCUCCUUUUCUUGAACUCUCGGCAUUAGCAGGCCACAAGUUAUAUGAUGAUGAUGUUCCUGCUGGAAGUAUUAUUACUGGUAUUGGACGCGUGAACGGUGUUGAGUGUAUGGUUGUAGCCAACGAUCCCACUGUCAAGGGUGGUUCUUAUUACCCAAUUACAGUCAAGAAGCAUCUUCGUGCCCAAGAAAUUGCUAAAGAAAACAACCUUCCUUGUAUUUACCUUGUUGAUUCUGGCGGAGCCAAUCUCCCUAGACAAGCCGAUGUCUUCCCUGAUCGUGAACAUUUCGGUCGUAUCUUCUAUAACCAAGCUAAUAUGUCUGCUCAGGGCAUCCCCCAAAUUGCUGCUGUCAUGGGUUCAUGUACUGCUGGUGGUGCCUAUGUACCUGCCAUGGCAGAUGAAAGUAUCAUUGUUAAGAACCAAGGUACCAUUUUCUUGGCCGGUCCUCCUCUUGUCAAGGCUGCUAUUGGUGAAGUGAUCAGUCCCGAAGAUCUAGGCGGUGCUGAUCUCCAUUGUAGAACCUCAGGUGUAACAGAUCAUUAUGCACUCGAUGAUGAACAUGCGCUUGUAUUAGCUCGUCGAGUUGUGGGUACUUUGAACAAGGUGAAGCGACCUCAGUUAGACACUCGUGUGCCAGAAGAGCCUUUAUAUUCCGCUGAAGAAAUUGGUGGUAUUGUUGGUGAUAACUUGAGAAAGCCCUUUGACAGUAAAAACAUCAUUUCUCGUAUUGUUGAUGGAAGUAAAUUUGCUGAAUUCAAGGAAAACUAUGGUACCAGUCUUAUCACAGGUUUUGCACACAUCCACGGUAAUCCCGUAGGUAUUGUUGCAAAUAACGGUAUUCUCUUUUCAGAGUCUGCUUUGAAGGGAGCACAUUUCAUUCAAUUAUGUUCUAAGCGAGGUAUCCCUCUUGUUUUCUUGCAAAAUAUCACUGGUUUCAUGGUGGGUUCAUCUGCGGAGGCUGGUGGUAUCGCCAAGAAUGGUGCUAAGCUUGUCAAUGCUGUAUCCUGUGCAAAGGUGCCCAAGUUUACCAUCAUUACCGGUGGUAGUUUUGGUGCAGGAAAUUACGGCAUGUGUGGACGUGCUUAUUCUCCCAGAUUCUUAUGGAUGUGGCCCAAUGCUCGUAUCUCUGUGAUGGGUGGUGAGCAAAGUGCUAAUGUCUUGGCUCAAAUUACAAGAGAGAGCAAAGCCAAGCGCGGUGAAAGUUGGUCUGAAGAAGAACAAGAAAAGUUUAUGGCACCUAUUCGUGAAAAGUACGAGGCUGAAGGUCACCCUUACUUCUCUAGUGCCAGAUUAUGGGAUGAUGGUGUCAUCAAUCCUCGUGAUACACGUACUGUGCUUGGUUUAGCUCUCAGUGCUUCUUUGAAUGCUCCUAUCGAAAAGACAGACUUUGGUGUCUUUAGAAUGUAAAAUUUUAUCUAGAAAAAAUAAAUAAAUAAAAAAAAAAAAAAGGCCUCCAAUAGGGUAACGCACAACCCGGGGGAAACCGUCCAAA